AUGCCAACCAGUGAGUCAAGCACCUCUGUGUGGAGUAGAGAGCAGGAUAGGCAAUUUGAGAAAGCAUUAGCAACUCAUCCUGAGGAUUCUUCAGAUAGAUGGGAGAAAAUUUCUGCUGAUGUUCCAGGAAAAUCUCUGGAAGAGGUUAAACAUCACUAUGAACUUUUAAUGGACGAUGUCGGCCAGAUUGAGUCUGGCUGCAUACCUUUGCCUUGUUAUCAUUCUUCUUCAGACGGUGGAACAAGGUAUGCUAGUGAUGAAGGAGCUGAUAAGAAAGGUGGGAAUUUUGUGCACUUAAAUGGCGAUUCCGGUCAUGGAGGCAAGGCUUCGAGGUCAGAUCAGGAGCGGCGCAAGGGGAUUGCUUGGACAGAAGAUGAACACAGAUUGUUUCUUCUUGGUUUGGAUAAAUAUGGAAAAGGUGAUUGGCGAAGCAUUUCCCGGAACUUUGUUGUGACGAGAACUCCAACUCAAGUUGCCAGCCAUGCACAGAAGUAUUUCAUCCGUUUGAACUCUAUGAAUAAAGAUAGAAGACGAUCAAGCAUUCAUGACAUCACUAGUGUCAAUGGUGGAGAUGUUUCUUCGGUGCCUCAAGGUCCAAUCACAGGUCAAAUGAAUGUUUCAGCCGCUGGAGGUUCAUCCAGCCAAUCAAACAAACCACCUCCUCAAGUCCCAGUUUGCCCCCCGGGAGUCAGCGUGUACGGGGCACCAACAAUUGGACAGCCAAUAGGACCACCCCUCCUUUCUGCUGUUGGCACUCCAGUGAAUCUUACACCUCCAGGGCAUAUGGCGUAUGGUGUUCGAGCUCCAAUUCCUGGGCAUAUGGUUCCUGGUGCACCAAUAAGCAUGGGCUCUAUUGCUUACCCGGUGCCACACACAUCUACACAUACGUGA